AUGUUAGAAUCAAAAGAUGAGGAAAUACCUAAUACUGGUGUGAAUGUAACAUUACACCCUGCUCUAAAUUCAACUGAUGACGUAACAGAUGAAGAUUCUGGUGCUGAAGAAAAUCCAAGUAUAGAUAAAUUACCAGCAAGUCAGCUCAAUGCUACUGCGCUUUGUGAUUUGGCCAUUUUUACCAAUGGUAAUACUGUGAAUGCAACAAGGAAACAAUCCUUCACCUUUGAUGUUGUUCCAGGACCCUCCAGCAGUACAAAAAGAGCAACAAUAAGAACAACAACCACAAACAAACCAGCAAGGCUAUCGAAGAAUAAAGUUCUAAACCUCAAGAAAUAUAACUGGAAAAGUUGUGAAAUUGUUAAUCCAACACCUGUAUGGCCUCUAAUGUUCAGAGUUGGAAUGAAGAAAGGGCGAACACCGCUUGAAUAUUUCCAACAGUUUUUUGAUAACGAAGUGCUUCUAAUGAUGGUCACAUACACAAAUCAGUAUGCAGACAAGAGAAAUGGACUAGGUGAUUGUUCAGAAGAUGAGAUGUUUGUGUUUAUUGCAAUACUUCUGCUAAGUGGAUAUGUAACAGUGUCACGCAGAAAGAUGUACUGGCAAUCAGAUAAAGACAGUCACAACGACCUCGUAACAAAUGCCAUGUUCAGAGAUCGAUUUGACUUCAUCUUUUCCAAUUUGCAUGUAUGCAACAAUGACAAUUUAGAUAAAUCAGACUGUUUUGGGAAAAUCCACCCAUUACUGCGUAUGCUGAAUGAUAAAUUCAAACAAUUUGCGCCUCACGUGCGGCAUCAUUCUGUCGAUGAAUCGAUGGUCCCAUACUUCGGAAGUCACGGGUGCAAACAAUUCAUAAAAGGGAAACCAAUCCGAUACGGAUUCAAAUUUUGGUGUGGAGGCACAAGUGGUGGAUAUAUUAUUUGGCUCGAACCCUACCAAGGAGCUGGCACGUGUAGUAAGGAUUAUGAAACGAAAGGUAUGGGGUACGGUGUGGUUAUGACUUAUGUUGACCAGUUACUUCCACAUGUUCCAUAUCGAAUAUACUUUGAUAACCUCUUCACCAGCGUUGAACUACUACAUGACCUAAAAGAGAGGGGUGUGGAAGCAACAGGAACAAUAAGAGGAAACAGAGUUAAGAAUUGUACUCUAUCACCUGUAGAAAAAAUGAUAAAAGAAAAUAGAGGAUCAUAUGAAGUUUGUUCUGACUCAGCAUCCGGGAUUUCCAUUGUACGUUGGAAUGAUAACAAUGCUGUUACUGUAGCCACCAACUUUGACAGAGUGCAACCACUACGCUCUGUAGCUAGAUUUUCCAGGGAACAAAAGAAAAGGAUUAACGUGCCUCAACCUAACUUAUUACACUCCUACAAUACUCAUAUGGGAGGCAUAGAUCGAGCUGACCAAAAUGUAUCCCUAUAUAGAUGCUCUAUAAGAGGGAAAAAGUGGUAUUUCCCGAUCAUUGCACAUUUUAUAGACAUUGCAGAGCAAAAUGCCUUGGAUCUUUACAAGCACAACGAAGAACCCAUAGAUCAUCUGACAUUUCGUCGUGUCACUGCAAUUCUUGAAAGUCACAAAAGAGUCACUACCAGCAGAGGAUGUCGUAGUAAGAGGGCAAAACUAGAUUCUAGAUUUGAUGGAAGAGAACAUUAUGUUGCUGAAUUACCAACAGAUGAGGUAACAAAAAAGAAGAAGCAGCUGAAAUGUUGA